ACAGCACACUCCUGAUAAUUUAAAUGCAUAAAAAAUUAUUUAAAUAGUGCAUAUAUAUAAGUAUUGAUAAAAAUGGAGAAGAUGUACCGUGUUGUGCGGCUCAUUAGUGGAAAGUUUCGCUACGUCACGAUGACGCUACAUAUGAGGGAAAAAGCUCUCCUGAACAACUGAUCCAAACCAGCGACUGAAACCUGCAAAUUUCUCUCGGUGCCCCAUGCAAGAAGAAUUUAGACUUAAAUUGGAUUGUGCUGUGUUUGGGACGUCCAAUACAAAUACAAAACACCGAGUCAAAGUGCUUUUUGUCAUCGACCCAUCGUCAGAUGCGCCGCUGAAACACUUUGCAGCAUCUGCUAACAGCGGCUAGGCUAGCUCAGCGAGCUAACCGGCAGACCGUCUCUACGGUCAGGUAGCCCGCUAUGAAAAAGGGGAAUACCCGGUUGCUUUGAAGGUUGUCCGUCUUCGUUAAUGAUUUGUGGAACAGAUGAUUGCGCAGUGAACUAAAACAGGCAACAGAAAACUCAAGUAUUUGGCAGCUUAGAAAACCAACUCUUGUAUCAAGCUAACGUUAAAUAACAGCUAGCAGUAACGGUAGGUAACUCAGCCCAGGUGUUUCAACUAUCAGUCCGAGGAGCUUCUUGCACCGAGACAAGAGAUGGCCAGUAACCCCGCAGCAGGCUUUACCUGCCAGGCUAAUGGACAAAACACACCGGGACGAAUGUCCGGUUCUGGCUCCUCAUGUCGCUACCAGUCCGAGUCAGAGCCCGACGUUGCCGCGAUUGUGAAAAGCUUAGCACGGCUGUGCAGCAGGGACGAGGAGGAGCGGGCAUCGGCUCUGGAGGAGCUGAGCCAGGGGAUUCUGGAAUGUCUAGGACUGGACCGGCCCGGUUCGGCACGGCUGAGUAAACAAACUCUUUUGCAUCUGCUUCGGCUGUCCCGGUCAUGUCCGCUGCAGGAAGUACGGGGAAGGGCUACAGAGUUGCUGCGGACCGCACAGGAACAAGGAGUUGCAGUCCCUCGGGCUCUGGCCUCAGGUCCAAGUGCCUUUAUUCCUGCAAAACAGAUGUUGAAAGAAGAGUCAGACCAGGACAUCCUGAUCGAAUCCUUUCUUUCUCUGGGCCGUGUGGACCACAUCGCCAUGGUGAUGGCCCUGCACCCUGCCUACCUCAGCUGCUUCUUGAGGACCCAGCAUGCUUUGUUGGAGCUUGAUGGCCCCUUGCCCCGACACUGGAGACAUUACAUUGCUGUUAUGGCUGCAGCUAGACACCAAUGCCCAUACCUGGUGCAGCAGCACAGUGCAGGCUUCCUGCAGGCUGGAGGAGAGGAGAGCUGGCUGAGCGGCCUAGAGCACGCUCCCACCAAACUCCGCAGCCUGCAAACACUCAACAAACUGCUGGCACACAGACCCUGGCUUAUUACACUGCAGCACAUCCAGGAGCUGGUGUGUCCUGGCGCAGAGCCCCGCUGGUCACUGGCUGAACUUAUACAUGCCGUGGUCCUGAUGGCACACGCUCAUUCGCUCUGCUCUUUCGUCUGGGGCUGCGGCUUAAACCCUGAACCUGACCACAUCGGAGGUUACACCUUUCAACCUCCUUCACCCAGUCACCUUCCUCGUAGCCCCCACAGCCCAGCUCAUGAGGACGGCAGGCAAGAGUUGGUUGAUGGAGCGAUGGAGGUGGAGGUGUUGAUGAAGAGGAUGGUCGAGCUGCAGCAGCAGGAGGAGGAGUGCACACAGGAGGAGAUGGUCACUCGCUUUGAGAGGGAGAGGAGCGAAAGCAUACCAACAGCGGUGGUGCGGGGCGCUCCACCUGACCUGGUGCUGCACCUGGUGGAGGAACCGGAGUUCAGAUAUGAGGACUUUGCACCCAGAGGAGAGCAGGCACCACCCACUAUGAGAGCACAGGACUAUUCAUGGGAGGACCACGGCUUCUCUCUGGUCAACAGACUACUGCCAGACAUGGGCCAGCUCCUGGAUGAGAAAUUCCAGGUGGUGAGUAACUUGACAUAUCACAGGAUGGCCAUGCAUGAAGGUGUGGACACUCACACUCUGAGAAAAGCUCUGUGGAACUACAUCCACUGCCUCUAUGGGAUACGAUAUGAUGAUUACGACUACGGAAGUGUGAACGUGUUGCUGGAACGCACACUGAAGGUGUUUGUUAAAACCAUGGCCUGUCACCCUGAGCAGACCACUGCACGCAUUUACCAUUCCUUCUGGAGGCACUUCAGACACUCUGAAAAGGUUCAUGCAAACCUUAUAGUGAUGGAAGCCCGGCUACAGGCAGCCCUUCUUUACACCUUACGAGCCAUCACACAUUACAUGAGAUGACACAGUCACUUGCGCAUUUCUGCAGAUGCUGAGCCAGCUGUGACAUGCCACAGCCCGAUGCAUUACACAUCAACAGAAUAUCUUGCACAAACACUACAUUAAAUGCUUGUAUAUGCAUAUCUUAUUUUUCAGUGUUAUUAUUUUGAUGUUGCUUUAUGACUGGAAUACCUGAUAUUUAAAAUGUUUUACUUAUUAUGCACUGAAAUGUCAGAUUUGUUUCCUGCUUGAGCUCAGGUGGCGCACGUUUCUGUCACACAUAGACAUGUCUACAUGCUGCAUGCCAGGUGUGCAGGCGGGAUUAGGUCUGGUAUAACUAAAUCAUCAUCAUGAUUCAGGUGUUUCCUUUGCAGAAUAUUGAUUGUUUGUAUUAGACACGCCUGUUCCAACCAAUAUCUGUUAACCACUUUACAGCACACCAUAACUACUCAUGCCUCAGUCCUCUCUUUCUGCAGCACACAGAGGCUGAGAUAAAACAA